UCCUUUUGCAACACACACACACAACUUUUCCAUGUUAACAAAAUGCCGGAAUAAUAAUAAAUAACCUCCAGUAAGUCAAUAAAUAUUAAACAAUUUUAACAAUAUAAAUAAUAAUUGUUUAUAAAUAAAAAAAAACAACAACAACAAAAACAAUAACAUCAACUGUCAACAAAAAUGAUGUCAACACAGAAUUUAUUGAGACGAGGAGGUCUAGGAUUAUUACGAAGAUACACAACAAUUGCUGAACCAGCUGCUGUACAAGAUAUACAAAUUGAUCAUUUUCGAACAAAUGAAACAAAUCCAAUAAAUCAUGAUAAAAAACAUCUAAAUAGAUUUUAUAAAUUGCCAAAUCAAGUACGACAAAAGCUAUUUCAACACGGUGGUUUACCACAGAAUUUACUAUCACAAUUUGAUACAUUUUUUGAAAAUUGUAUUCUCAUUAGAGAACCAGCAUUAGAAAUAAUUUCAUAUCUAAAAGCAACUGAUUAUUCUAGACCAGUCAAUAGAUAUGUCUUGUAUGGUGAAAAUGGAACUGGUAAAACAUUAACAAUGGCACAUGUAAUGCAUUAUGGACUUGAGACAAAAAAAAUUAUAAUUCAUACUGGUUGGAUACCUGAUUGGUUUAGAAGACCAAAAGAAAUUGUAUUGUCAACAAAAAAACAGGGUUUUUAUGAUUUACCAGUUGAUGCUGCUGCAUUUUUGGUUCAUUUUAAACAUCAAAAUUCAGAGCUACUUGCUGAACUUGAUUUGAGACUGUCAAAAGAUUAUGAAUGGAGUUCACGUGAACAAAAUCCAAAAGGUUCACCACUCAUUGAUUUGAUUGAUCUUGGUAUAACUAGAAUAAAAUUUUCAUGUGAUAUUGUUGAUGCAGUUGUUGAUGAAUUAAAAAUAUUAAGCUCAAAAGGACAAUGUAGUUGUCUUGUUUUUAUUGAUGGUUUUAAUUCACUUUUUGGUACAUCAACUGAGCUAAGAGUUGAAAAUCGUAAACUUGUUUAUCCAUAUCAAGUAACAUUAACUGAUACAUUAUUAAAAUUAACAAAAUAUGAUUGGUCAAAUGGAGCAGUAAUAUUGACACUUGAUAAACUUGCUGUUGAUAGAAAAGCAGCUGAAUCUCAUUAUCCACAUUAUUUACUUGGUAAAGAAGGCUUUGAACAUCUUGAUCCAUUUUUACCAAUUCAAGUUAAUGAUUACAGUAAUGAAGAAUUUGAAAAUGUCAUGGAUUAUUACAGAGAUAGAAAAUGGAUUAGAAAUGUUACUGAAAAUGGACAAAAAGAACUUGAAUUAGUAUCAAAUAAAAAUCCAUAUUUAUUAAUGAAAUUUACUGGUCCAUUGUAAACAAAAUAAUAAACAAUUAAUAUGCUUUCAAUACAA